GGGUGGAGAAUGCAGUGGAUAAAUGCACCGUUUCUAUCACCAUUUCUUUUCUAUAAUAUCGCUCCAAAGGACGAAUUUUCGGAACGUCCAGCAGAUUCGUUUGAUGAUUGAAAUGAAAGGGAAAUUCUAAAAUAAAUUUAAUCUCGUCAUUACACGGAGAAGAGAGAGUUUCUUCCGGACUAUUUCGGUUAUCAACGCGGGAUUAUGUUGUGGAUACCUUGCCCGGUUCAACCUUGUGCCGCCAAUGACAAGUUCAGCACCGCGUAACAUCCAUCCCACUUUUACACGACCACCAUGGGGCUUUGGGAAUCAAUAAUGAAGCGGACGGUUAUCUCGUGUUCUUUUCAACAUCCGAGUCCUUCAGCAUUAGAGUCUGUUGAAGCCGGUUUAACCUGUACCCACGUGUCACGUGUCACGAAUUAAAAUAGUUUAAAACAUAUUUGCAGAAACAUUCUUCCUGGACUAAGAAACCAAAUUUAAAGCCUGAAAUCCAAGAUGACAUCGAAGGUCAGCCAAGUGUCAUUGAGUGAGCUUCCCAUGGACAACUGGAUGGCCCAUCUGCCCAGUGCACUGUGGGAAACCCCUCUCUGUUACAUGGCCAUUCCAGGGAGCCAUAAUGCCAUGACCUACUGUCUGGAUAGGAAUGACCGCUCUCCAGUGGACCCCACUCAACCAGAUAUGUUGCAAAAGUUGGACAAGUACAUGAAGCCCAUCAUAAGGCCAUUUGUAUACAAGUGGGCAAUAGCACAGGAGUCUAGCAUUAGGGAGCAGUUGGAUUCUGGAGUGCGAUACUGUGACCUGAGGAUAGCACAUCGGCCUAAUGACAGCUCGAAUGAUCUCUACUUCUACCAUGGUGUUUAUACCACUAUAACUGUAGAGAUGGUAUUAAAAGAGAUCAGAGAGUGGAUGGAUGUUCAUCCAAAGGAAGUAGUCAUCCUCUCAUUUAGCCACUUUCUGGGCCUCAAUCAAGAGCUUCACACACUGCUCGUCUCAACUAUAAAGAGUGUUUUUGAUUCCAAACUGUGCCCCAAAAUGGAGUGUGUGACACUACGGAAAUUAUGGAGCCAGAGUCAUCAAGUUAUCGUUUCAUACGAGCACAAUAUUGCUAACUGCCACAGAGAAUUGUGGUUCCAUAUACCUUAUUGGUGGGCAAAUAAGUGCAAGGCUGAAGCACUGAUCGAGGAAUUUGAACGUAGGAAACAAAAUGGCCGACCAGGCGGCUUCUUUGUGACUGGCAUUAAUCUUACUGAAGAUCUGAAGUACAUUUGCUCCCAUCCCACAGAAUCCCUGAAGGAUAUGGUGAUGUCUGCAUAUCCCACAUUACUUAGCUGGGUCAAGCAACAAAAGCCUGGUUCUAACAUCGGCUCCCUCAACAUCAUAGCUGGGGACUUUGUGACAGAGAGCCGGUUCAUACCAACCGUCAUUGCGCUGAAUGAAAAUCUGCUCAAGAGGACCAUAAUACCAGAGCCUUGAGCCUCUUUUAGUCUGCACAAUGUAUUUAACAUUUGAAGAAAGAAGUGUUUUCUUGUUCUUGGGAUGGUUUUUUAUACUAGUCAAUUUUACACUUUUUAUAAGGGUGCUUACACACUAGAGUUUAUGCUGCAUCAGCUCCAAUCAUUUCAAUAGGGAUGGUGCAUUGCAAGGAUGUAGAGGGAAAACACAAGGGUUUGUGAAAGUGAAGCUCCAUCAUGCAACCAAAAGCACUUUCUGUACACUCAAAAAUGGAACCUAUGCAUUCCUGUCUGCCAAACGCUCCGUGAGAGAAUGGUUUCUAGUGUGUGAGCACCCUGAGGAUGAUAGAUCAUUUUGAGUUAUGGGUAGAAUAUUGUAAUGCACUGACUUUUAUGACUUGAACUUACUGUCCUAAGCUUAUUUAUGCAGUCUCCAAUAUAUACCUCUGAUUUUGCUAAACUUUUGAUCAUUUUUAAGGACCUGGUUCUAAAUGGAUGUCAUUAUCAAGGUCCAGGUUACCACAACUUUACAUUUAGCACAUUACAGGACACAAUAAGUUCCCUGUGAGCAUCAGAGUUUGCAUGAAAAUUGCUGAAGUCUACUCAAUGCAAGCCAGGAUUAUCAAACACUCAGGAUUGUUCAUUCUCUAUGAUAAACUCUUUUCUACUGUGUGGAAUGGCAAUGGAAAUAUGAUUCCAAUAAGUAUAUGUCUGCAUUGUGCACAAUGAAAAGCAUGAAAAGACACUGGAAUAUUUCUGUGGUUGCACACGUUCUCUGCCAUAGUAGCAUGUUAAGCCAGUUUAAUCAAGAUAUCAGUUUGCAUUACAAACAAAUAUGCCUAUACUAACAAAAAUAUCAACAGCUGAAUGGCAUAUCAAUUAUUCAUAUUUAAUGUCUGAAUAUUUCCAAUAAAUAA